GCUGCCUUCCCUGCAGUGACGUCCCAGGAGGUGGAGGGGCAACCACCGACUCUGAGCCCUCCCGGACUCCGCCCAGUGCGGGGUCUGUGGAUCCUUGGGAGAUGCGGCUGCUUUGGUUGCAGUUGCUCAAACGCAGCCGCCUACUUGCCCACUUCUCUGCCUUAAUCCCGGAGUGUCGGGAGACUCUGGAGUCCAGCCAUGCAGCCGGGAGCAGUGCUGCAGGCCAUAUUGCUGGCGGUACUGCUGGCCAAACCGAGGAAUUCGAAGGGUCGCCUGCUGAGCGGGCAGCUGGUCUGCCGGGGAGGGACACGGAGACCUUGCUAUAAAGUCAUUUAUUUCCAUGAUGCCUUUCAAAGACUGAACUUUGAGGAAGCCACAGAAGCCUGCAUGGAGGAUGGAGGACAACUAGUCAGCAUCGAAACAGAGGCUGAGCAGAGGCUGAUAGAAAAGUUCAUUGAAAACCUCCUGGCAUCUGACGGUGAUUUCUGGAUUGGCCUCAAGAGGUUAGAGGAGAAACAGAGCAACAACACAGCCUGCCAGGACCUUUAUGCGUGGACAGAUGGAAGCACGUCACAGUUUAGGAACUGGUAUGCGGAUGAGCCUUCCUGUGGCAGCGAGGUCUGCGUGGUCAUGUACCAUCAGCCAUCAGCACCACCCGGCAUCGGGGGCUCAUACAUGUUCCAGUGGAAUGAUGACCGCUGCAACAUGAAGAACAAUUUCAUUUGCAAAUAUUCUGAUGAUAAUCCAAGUGCAACACCCUCUAUUAGGCCUGGAGGUGAAGCAAGUGAGCCAGCAACAUCCACACUUCCAGAAGAAUCACUGAAAGAAGACACCAGAGAAACAUUUAAAGAACGAAGAGAGGCUGCUUUGAAUCUUGCCUACAUCCUAAUUCCCAGUAUUCCCCUUUUCCUCCUACUUGUGAUCACUUCAGCUGUAUGUUGGGUUUGGAUCUGUAGAAGAAAACGAGAGCAGCCAGACCCUAAUACAAAGGAGCAGCACACUAUUUGGCCCACUCCUCUCCAAGAAAACAGCCCCAACCUAGACGUUUACAAUGUCAUCAGGAAGCAAAGUGAAGCUGAUUUAGCCGAGCCCCGGCCAGACCUGAAGAACAUCUCCUUCCGGGUAUGCUCUGGGGAAGCCAUGCCCGAUGACAUGUCUGGUGACUAUGAAAACAUGGCUGUGAACCCUUCAGAAAGUGGGUUUGUGACUUUGGCAAGUAUGGAGAGUGGAUUUGUGACCAAUGACAUCUAUGAAUUCUCCCCUGACAGAGUUGGGAGGAGCAAGGAGAGUGGGUGGGUAGAAAAUGAAAUAUAUUACUAAGACAUGUGAAAAGACUGGCAAGAAUGAAAGAGGAGAAGCAAAGACCUCUGCUUUCUUACAAGGACAAUCUUCAGAAAGCUUAUGAAAAUGCUCAGCUCAGUCUUAGGGGCAAGCACAGCAUCACAGGUUCCUACUGGAUCCCCAAGUUCUGGCUGAUCUCCUUAUCUGAGAGACUCCUCCAUCUCAGCCUUGUGAGAAGGCACCUUGCCCAGGGGCUGCUGCACCGCAGACUCUCAGUGACUGUCAGCCAGUGGCUUCUAACUGAUGUCUGAGGGCUGGUGCUUUUACUAGUCAGGAUUACGGGGUGACUAGGGAGCCUGGAAAGCCUGCCUCUAGGUUCUGUUUUCCUUGCUCUAUUCAGCAGCACAGGCAAUCACAAAAACACGAACUGUGAAAUCUUCUCAAAGCCUCUGUAUGGAAGCCCCAGGCUGGCCUGCACAUCAACAAUUAAUUCCCAAACCUGCACCCCAUCGUACCCCUGAAAAAGAAAACCAAUUAAAAUCAGGAAGCAGAA